AUGGAUCCUACGAGAGCGCCAAAUUUUAAGCCUGCAAGUCCUGACGAGGAACCAAAUCCUCCUAAUGAUCCAAAAUCAACUAUUCCACAAUCUAAGCCUAUCUUGCCAAAUGUCCUGGCCGACAAUAACUUGUCUUUAGAUGCUCCUUUCACAAUGGAAGAUCAUAACAUAUCCUACGAGAAGCAUAAGAAGAAGAACAAGAGACUGGCUAAGCAAUUGCGACACCAUGAGAAAGAGGAAGAAAGAAGACUGUCGCCAGUGUAUAUAGACACAACCAGGAGUUUAGACAUGAGAUUGGAGAAGUCCAAAUCUUUGCUGAACCCAAACAACACUAAACAUUUUAGAUCUCAUAGGAUUCCUUUAAAUGUUGACAAUUUCCAACCGUUAUCGAACGAAGUUUCGUCUGAGGAUAGCUUCGAUGAAGAUUCAGAAGAUGAUUUACCGUUCUCUGUAGCUAAUGUUGGUGUAUUAAAAUCACAAAUAGCAGAUUUAGAAGAGGUACCCCAUGGGCUUGUUAGACAAGCUGACACAAUAGAAGAAUAUGAAUUCCCGACACAUAGACUAGCCAAAAGAUUAAAUAACCCAAAGAAACUUCCGCUUGUCAUUGUUGCAUGUGGGUCGUUUUCACCAAUCACUUAUUUACAUUUAAGAAUGUUUGAAAUGGCACUAGACGCUGUAAACGAACAAACAAGAUUUGAAAUCAUUGGUGGUUACUACUCCCCAGUUAGUGAUAACUAUAAAAAAGCGGGUUUAGCAACAUCGAAACAUAGGGUGAGAAUGUGUGAAUUAGCAUGUGAAAGAACAUCCUCAUGGUUGAUGGUAGAUGCUUGGGAAUCGUUGCAACCUGAGUACACAAGAACAGCAAAAGUUCUAGAUCAUUUCAAUAAUGAAAUCAAUGUCAAGAGAGGUGGUAUUACUACUGUCACUGGUGAAAAAAUAGGUGUAAAAAUUAUGUUAUUAGCUGGUGGUGAUUUAAUUGAAUCAAUGGGAGAACCAAAUGUUUGGAACGACUCAGAUUUGCACCAUAUUUUAGGUAAUUAUGGUUGUCUAAUUUUAGAAAGAACAGGCUCAGAUGUUCGUUCGUUUUUAUUAUCCCACGAUGUUAUGUAUGAACAUCGUAGAAAUGUUUUAGUCAUUAAGCAAUUGAUUUAUAAUGAUAUUUCUUCAACGAAGGUUCGUUUAUUCUUAAGGCGUGGUAUGUCUGUACAAUAUUUGUUGCCUAAUUCUGUUAUUAGAUAUAUAGAAGAGCAUGGUCUUUAUGUUGACCAAACAGAGCCAGUUAAGCAAGUUUUAGGAAGUAAGGGAUGA